GGGGAACGAACCCACUUCCACCUAAUAAAUAUAGAUAUCUGUGAUCACUUUUGUAUCUGCUCAAUCCUUAGUCUUUGGGCAGGGCUUCCUUCUUACAAAGGGUCGGUAUGACCACUGUCCUCACGGCCGACGAGGAGUGCUUGGACCAUCUAGUGAGCAUUCGUAUACAAGUUAAACCUAUCGUUGAGGGAGUGGCCUUGUCCUUGACAGAAACGGCGGGCGCUAGACCUUCUGCCCAGACAUGCUGCAAAGUAGAGACCUGCGAGGCGUAUGUAGAUGGAUUUACCAUUAAAUCGGCGGACUGCGAUGAUCUGUCCUCAUGCACCACAACACUGGAGCAGAACAAGAGCCCUGGGAUAGAGCCGAAGCUCGUCCACGAACCGUCUGUAGGCCUGGACGGCGAGCUUGUGGUUGAUGCUACCGGGGAUGGAGAAGCGCAGCCUUGCAAGGGACCAAAUACUCCAGAGCAAGUCGACACCAUCGGGGACCACAUCGGGAAAUGCGAGGUGCCCGACUCAGCGCCGGAGGUAUCAGCCUCUCUUGGCCUCCCUGCCUUAGACUUCGAUUCAGGACAGCAAAGCAGCGGAUCAGCGGUGGGCGACGUGGAGGAGCCGUUAGGUUCAUUAGCUUUAUCGGAAAGCAGUAGUAGUGCUUGCGCCUUGCUGCAAACUCGGCAGGCACCUGAUGGCAAGGAGCAACCAGCAAGCGUCGAGUCGAUGCCGUCUGCGGAUGCCUCGACGGCGUCCUCAUACUCCUCGACGACGACUGCGUCUUCUUCUGCUGUGACUUCAGUAACCGCUGCGGUCACCAGCUUGUUGCGAGCUGUGUUGGCGCCUAUCGCGACUACCAAGGACCCUCCCGGGACCGCAGCCCUCCCAUCCAAUCCCGCCUUCGACAGUGCAGCUACUGCCGAACCCGCCACACCCACGACCCCUCAGCGCCCAUCGCUGUCCAUACCUUUGCUACCACCGCUAGCCGACCCCCAACGUAUGACGCUGGUCCUGGAUUUGGACGGCACGUUGAUCGCCAGUGAGGACGAGCCGCACGCGCCCGUGCCCUUCGAUUACUGCGUGGAUGAGGAGCGCUUUGUGUGGCUGCGGCCCGGGCUGCGGCGCUUCCUGGACGAGGUCCGCCCUCUGUUUGAGGUGGUCCUGUUCACCGCUGCUGGGGAGAGCUGGGCCACUUCUGCGCUCAAGCGAAUCGACCCGGACAAUACCAUCUUUGACAGCAGGCUGUACCGUGACCACACCGUCUCCCACCACGACUGGCCCUGGGUCAAGGACCUCUCGCGGCUUGGUCGCGACCUGGCCCGCACGGUGAUUGUGGACGACAACCCGCUCAUGUUCAUGUACCAGCCAGACAACGCGCUGCAUGUGGCAGCAUACGACCCGCAGAUCACCGGCCACAGCGACGAUGUCCUGGAGCAGGUGCUGGACGUGCUGAUGCACAAGGUGCUACUAGCAGACGAUGUGCGGGAGGUGCUGCGGGAGAUGAAGGACCCCAUCACCGCCUCCUGCGUGGCAGCCCGCCGCGCAGUCGCCAAGGCAGCAGCAUCGCCCUCCUUGCCCACAUCAGCAAGCACUCCUGCGACUCCUGCAAGCACACCAGCCAAGGCCGCUUCUGCUGCUGCCAACGGGUUCAUCGGGGCCGACGGAAACGGUGAAACGGGGACCGCGCCGUUUGGACAGUUGUUGCAGCCCACGGCAUCUGCGGCUGCUGCUACCGCUACAGGAGGAAAUGGCGCCGGCAAUGGCAACAGCAGUGCCUCCGCUGCUGCUGCUGCUGCUGCUGGCACAUCCUCGGGGGUACGUCUGCAUGCAAUGGCACCAAACCAGCUUGCAAACGGGCACCAGGGCAGGAGCGGCAGGCGCGGACGGCGGGGCGCCAAACAAGCCACGCCACAACAACCAAUCGCCGGUUUGGCCGUGUCUGCACUGCCGCAUGAGCAAGGAAGCCAUGCGGGCGUGGCAGUCACAGCCGCUUCCGCCAUACCCACAAUACCUGUGGAGGAGGCUCGGCAACGGCAGCAGCGAUCCCGACGGCGUGGCUUAUCCGGCUACAGCGCCGUCGAUGCACCCGGUGCCGUUUCCACGGGCGCAACGGCUGCUGGAGGAACGUCUGGAGGCCAAACAUUGCUGCCUAAUGGCAACACCGCCGUUGGAGGUGUGACGUGGACUGCUCCACCACUCGCUUCCGUCGCUUCACGACCGCCUGCUGUGCCGAGUCGGGCUCGUGGUCCGAAGCGGGACGGCGCACAGCGUCAGAAGGCGGCGGCAUCGCUACUGCAGGAGCCGGAGCACCAGCUGCAAUUGAAGCUCAAGCUGUUGCAAUUGCAGCGGAAGCAGGAGGCGGAGGAGGACGACGGUGGUGCAGCGGAGAAGGACGAUAGCGGCACGAAUGAAUCGCGCCCAUCCCAGAUACGAGAGCGAGGACAAGACAGCAGCGACGCCUUGCAAGCAAAGCGCGACGCUGUGCAGGGCCGGUCAGGCUUGGCAACGAGUCCGUCGUCGGAGCAGCAGCUAGCAGCUGCUGCGACGCACCCACCUGCCCAGCAACGCAUGGCCCAAGGUCCCCGGCGCCCGCAUGCGUGCAAGGGGCCAGACGCGGGCACCAUUGGCUUGCUGCCAGUCGCCGCCGCGCAAGACCUGCCGUACCGCGCGACGACAGGCCCCACGGCUCAGCAAGGCGCUGCAGUUACACCUUCACCCGCCCGCCCUGCCUCGGCACCUUCCCCGGCUUCACGCAACGGCGCAGAGGCGCCGUGUGGUGGUGUUCAUGGGGCAGGACCUUCGAUGGGCGCGACUGUUGCUUCCGCGCCUCCCGCAGCAGCUGACGCUGUUGCAGGCGUUCCGUCAGGCCCCAGCCCUGCACCCGCACCCGGAAUGGCUGCGGCGGAGGGUGGUGCAGCGGGCAGCAGCAGGCGGCGCGGACGAGGACGGCGCCGGCGUCAAAAGCGGGCGGGAGGCUCAAGCGGGAAUGAGCCAUCCGGCAACAAGCAGGUAGCGAGUGACGCCGCUCCCCAAUCUACGCCGUGAUUAAAACGGCGGUUGUUGAUCCUAUUACAAUAGCGUCUGAGAUAGGAGCUAGAUCGCGACCUUGCAGCAGGUUUUUCAAGUACUGUAGCACUCCUUGUGGCUGGUAGUACCGGUAAUGAUUCAGAGCUUUAGCAGCGAUUAGCGUUGAUGCAGUGCGAUUGCUUGGGCUUCCGUGCGCCGUUGUAUGUGUAUGAGGUUUCGCAGCUUGUACGACACGGCAAUUCACACGUCCCCGUUGGCUGCGUGUUUGUUUAUCAUGUUAUGCUCCGUGGGAUGGCUGGUCUGGCGCUGUGGAAAAAAUUGCGCCGACUGCAUUUCGUCACUUGGUUAGGUGCAGAUGGGUUGACUCGUUAGUAGUAUAGCCUAUCUAGGAAAUGGAGCCAACCGCAGCAAUGCAGAUACAGGACCACCAGAAGGUGAUAGCUCUUGCGGGUGGUUGUGGCACGUGCUGGCAGAUGUGUACGCUGGUAGCCGUACGUGCGGGUUACCCAAAGCAUAAAGGUUAGGGGGCAGUUGGCGUGCGCGGUAGGCGCGGCGGCGACCAGGAGCCAUUUGAGCAGGCGAGGGGGCAAUGCUGUCAGUAGUCAGUUCGUACGUGAUGGUGCAUGGUGAUUCAGCCUCCAGGACGCCAGUAUUGCCAGUACGGUAUCCUAAGCAUGGGAUUGCUCGUGAGUAGCAGUUUGGUAUAUCAAGCAUGCCGCGGUUUGCGAGGAUUAGGAAAGGCAACAUGGCAUUACAACCGUUGCGGGGAAGGUGAGCUCACUAUCCGCAGGGCCAGGGUUCAACCUGGCUUGCUGUCACGAAACGGCCCGGGGUGUGAAUGCAACAUGCAACAUGGUGAGCAGAUGCAGUGUUUUACGGGGGUUCUGUGAUCGCACGCUUCGUUAUUACAGGAUUGUGCCUACACAGUUCUGCGAUAGGACUGACGCUGCUGUAUCUUAACUUAUUCUAAAAAGGACGGAGUGCUCUCGACGGCACCUGGGAUUGUGCCGGCUUGCUUGCGGGUAUGUUGCUAGGCUACCAAGAGCUAGGUUCCUAGAGACUGGAUCAGAAACUGGCGUCUCAGAUUUGUUGGCAUUUCGUGUAUUUGACACGCAGAGCUUUUGCAGGGUACGCCAGUGGUUUGCAAGGUGCUUUUGCCAAGUCGUUAGUGGGGUUUAUGAGCUGAUGUUUACGGGCCAUCACGAGAGGGCUUGCUGCCGUUAUCUGAGCCGUCACCGGAAUCUUGUUGCGCCCAAGGCAUGUUUGAUACAUUUGCUGAUUAGCUUGUGCUUUGGGGCCCAGUUCAUUGCCGCCAUUUCCUCCAUAACCAACGUAUUGCUUGGCCCACAGAUCUGCGGACAAUUCCUUCGCAACUCAAGACUGCAGUGCCUUUAAUGACUGCCUGUA